AUGGAGAUGUUCAGUGCCGUCUCCAGCCUAGUCUCCCCCUUUGUGGGAGGCUCAUCCGGGGGCGUUGUCGACGGCAUGAAGCUUGUUGUCCUUGGUGGCACUGUCGAGACCGCACGUCGAGUAUCCAGCUCUGCAUGGAAUUCGUUUGUCAACAGUUUCUAUCUCACCGCCAGGUUCAGUGAGGACGACUAUCCCUACGACUGGCUGAUGCACUGGCAACAGCCGGCAUGGGGCCGCAGUCGUGAGUUCGAGACCACGACAAGGACGAAUGUUCCUGGCGCAAUAAACUCGGGUUUCGGCGACGAGUUUGAGGACCUCGAGGCCGCAGACGAUGACGAUGCCCCUGGAAAGCAAAAGAUGCGUGUUGUCUUUAUGCCCACACUUGACACCACACACACCAUCUAUUACAAAGGCCACUGGCUCCGCGUCUGUCGCUCACGCCAGUCCAACGGCGACGAGUUGCUAUCUAUCUCUGUCGUGGCAAGGUCAAAUAACAUUCUCAAACAAUUGGUUCUGGAAGCAAAGAAAGAGUACGAACGUGAUGCAGAGCACCGUGUACAGAUCUUCUUUGCAGACUCGCACGGCUCGUGGCGAUGGACCGACUCUAGGCAAAAGCGUCCUAUGAGUUCGAUCGUCCUCGCUCCCGGUGUCAAAGAGAUGCUUCUCUCAGAUACCCGUGAUUUCCUCAAGUCUGAAAAGUGGUACGCGGACCGCGGCAUUCCCUUCCGACGAGGCUAUCUCCUGCACGGUGUUCCCGGCUCCGGAAAGUCUUCCUUGAUUCAUGCGAUCGCCGGCGAGCUUGCUCUCGACAUCUACGUUGUUUCGCUUAGCUCGAGCUGGAUCAAUGACGCCACCUUAACCGCCCUCAUGGGUCGCGUCCCCGCCGACAAGGACGAGAACAACAAGGACGAGAAGAAGCAAGAGGAUGUGAAUACACUCAGUUUGAGUGGCUUGCUCAAUGCGCUUGAUGGGGUCGCCGCCAGUGAGGGCCGUAUCCUCUUUGCAACUACAAAUCACUUGGAGCGCCUUGAUCCAGCACUGUCUCGUCCAGGCCGCAUGGACGUCUGGAUCGAGUUCAAAAACGCAACCAAAUGGCAAUGUGAACAGCUCUUCAACAACUUUUUCCCUGCCGCAUCGGCCGAUAACAUCCCGCCUGGCCCUCCUCCAUCCCUCGAGGAGGAAAAGCGCGCAGCUGGACUCCCAGUCGAGGACCAUGAACUCGACUGCAACUGCCGCAAAAAGGAAGAGCGACUCCCUGAUGGAACGCUUACGCCCACUCUUACGCCUGCGAAGCGUUUGGAUGCGGCGACGCUUGCGCAGCUCGCCAAGAAGUUUGCGGCGUCGAUCCCCGAGGAAGAGUUUUCGGUUGCGUCGUUGCAGGGCUACUUGUUGAAGAACAAGACUCGUCCGCAGGCUGCGGCUGACGAGGCGGCUGCAUGGGUCAUUUCUGAGCGCGAGCUCAAGGCAAGGUUGCAGCGCGAGAAGGAAGAGCGCGAGGCCAAGGAGCGUGCGGAUCGCGAGAAGCGUCGCCGUGAGCGCGAAGAGAAGGAACGUCGGGACCGCGAAGAGGAGCGAGAGCGUAAGCGUCGUGAGGAGCGCGAACAAGCCCGUCUGGACCGUGAGGCUGAUGACCGGGAGCGCGAGCGCAAGGCCAAGGAAGAAAAGGAGCGUCUCGAAAAGGAGUCCAAAGACAAAGCGGGUGAAGAGCCCAAGAAGGACGAGCCCGAGCCGACCAAACUCGCAUAA